AUGCAGACCACGGUAGCCACACUUGGAAGGACGGUUCAUAGUUUAGCGCACCUGGAAAUUCGGCAGCCGCAUUUCGAAGUACGGUUCAUUCUCACCGCAAUUCCAACUACGGCACUGAAAGAUGAGUUGGAUUGUUUUAAACAGGCUGAAAAGAAAAAUAGGCGCUUGGAAAAAGCUCUAGCUACUUCUGUUGCCAUCAUUUAUGAAUUGGAGAAAAAGAAGCAGAAGAAGAAAGAGGAGCAACAAAGACUUGAUGAAAAGGGCGUUGCAAUUGCUGAAGCGGUGGCUUUGCAAGUUUUACUCGGAGAAGAUUCAGAUGAUACCUGUAAGGUUGCUAUAAAUGAGAGUGGGUGGAAGACUCAGAAUUAUAAUCACGAACUUAAGCUCUUCAUGGGUGGACCAAGAGCUUGUUUUGUUGAUGUAGAUGGUGGUGGUACAUGGUCUUUCACAUACAGGCCUCUUGAGAAGAAUAUGUAUGAACCGCUGCAUGAAGGAAGAAAUGGGAUAGGGUUUUACUGGAUUCUUUGA